UUUGUUCAGUUCAGGUGAGCAUCCCGAUCUGAAUCCUCUCAUCCAAGCUUGUGCUUUAUAUGAAUCACUUGAUCUGCCUCAUCAGGGCGGUCAAAAUAAUACCUUGGAAUAUUCUAAACUGAUAAAGGACUCCAAAUCUCUGAAGAGUAUCUGUAAUCAGGUUGAGCUGGACUCAGACAGUUGUGAUGGUCCUGAUCCUGCCCUCACCGUCGUUCCCAGGUCAUCAAAAUCCCUGUCGGGGGUCAGCUGUCACAUAGAUUUCAUUCGAAGGCUGCCAGUCAACAUCGCAAAGAUGACUUUGGGGCAAUUGGAUAAGGUCUCGCUGUCCAGCUGCAGGCGUGUGUCAAAACACUGGCAGUCCCUAACUGAGGAGAUCUUAACCGAGAUGGAAGUAAAGAAGAGGGUUAAGAAACAGGCCAUGAUUUUCCAGGGUAACUCAACAUCUAAGGUCAACCCUGUAUAUGCUAAGAUCUGUGAGGUUUUAGUCCCCAUCAGUGAAGGGGACAAGCACUUUCAGCAUGGAGGUACUUCACCUAGACAUACACAGUCUCAAGGGCAGGUUUUGGAUUCUCUCUAUAAAGGCUUUAAAACUGAAAAAAUCCAGUUAGAAGAACGCAAUGUAUACUGUGGAGUGUAUAACACCUCUGUCCUGUUAGAAAGAGAAGAUGGCAGUAGAGUGAUGCAUUAUGCUGGAGGGCAGUUGGUGGCUGUUGGCUCCAGGGAUCGAACCAUCAGGUUGCUGCAUAUCGGAUCACUGAAAGAGCUUCCUCUAGUAAUUCAAGGACAUUCAGGUAGUGUAAGAGCAGUCCUUGUUUGUGAAGAGAAAGACCUGGUUAUCAGCGCCAGCUAUGAUCUCAGUAUCAGGUGCUGGAACCUGAAAACAGGCAUGUGUAUGAUGAUUUUUCAUGGACAUUUUGGGACUAUAAACUGCCUUGAUUUGGUUGGAGAUAGGCUGGUCUCUGGAGCCAAAGACUGUAGAGUUAAAGUGUGGAAUCUACAGACUGGAAAGUGUGUUGAGAAUCUGAAGUUUAAACACCCUAAACCAAUCAUGUGCGUGAAGAUGAGUGAAACGCUGGUGAUCAGCAGUUGUUCUGGAGGUCAGAUCAGGAUAUGGAGCAUCCAGACAGCAUUGCUUAUAAGGCAAAUCAGUGGCCACCAGGGGGCAGUGUUGUGUUUGUGCUUCGAUCAGUGGCAUAUCCUGUCUGGAGGUUCAGAUGGUGUCGUCAAGGCCUGGAGCAUUAAUAGUAGCUUUAAGAAGUGCCUGCGGACCUUCCAGCAUCCAAAAGAGGUGUUGGCAAUGUCUUUUCUGUUCCUGCGAAUCAUUACCGGUUGCAUGGAUGGAAAGAUCCGGAUCUUCAACUUUCUUAAUGGAGAUUGCCUGAGAGUUAUCAAGACAAACAUGAAGCAAUGCCCCGUGCUUUCUCUGCACACGCACCACAACACUGUGGUUGUAAACACCAGAGGCAGUGUUCUGAUGCUUCAGUUUGCUGAGGUUCAGUGGGACUACUCUGCCAGAGCUGUGAGGGAUUUAACUGAGCAGUUCCACGUCUCCCCUAAGAAUGUGCCAAGGAGCACUGAGCGGGCGACUCAAGGGGGCUCAUCCGGCCUAAAAAGUCAUCCACAUCAUUCUAAAAACCUCUCAACUACAAAUAUGCAGCAUGCACAAGUUGCUCAGCGGGAGUCCACAAGGGCGGCGAUGUGGAGUAAGCUCCAGGCUUAUAGUCACAGCAGGACCUCCAUCAACCUCCAGUCUGAGUUCAUCACCAGACCCCGAUCUGUUCUCUCAGCAGGCAAGCCUGUCAGUGGAUACAAGGGCUUUCAAAACAGAGUCAGCCACACACCAAGCACUGCUACCAGCAGCUCGGAUAAGAAGACUAAAAAUGACAUCAAACACUCAGUACUCAGCCGGAGUGAGAAGGCAGUCCGAGAGAGGGUAAGAAAGCGAGGUCCUCACCACCCUGUGACCCCUGAACGAAUUCUGCUCAGGGCUGGAAGCUCCCAGCAGGGCCACAACAGUGACCCAGCUCGGUCUAACAUGGAGCUGAAUGCCAGAGUACGAGAUGCCUGGGGUCCAGACACAUGCAGACAGCCAUCCUUUCAAACCAGCACCAAAAAACCAUCAGAAACCAAUACACCAUUCACAAUGCACAGUGUUGACCUCAACCCUCAGAGCUCCUUACAGGCACACUCUACUUCCAAACAAUCGCAGAGAUCACUGAAAGUAAAUAAGAUCGACCCCCUUAAUGUAACUUGUCUUGAAGAUGACAAAACGCCACAGGGAUUGCUUGUGAGGCAAACUUCCAUGCCCAAACAUUGCCAUGAAGAUUUGGAAAUGACCACCAAGUCCAGUUUACGUCACAUCCAAUUAGACCCCUACAAGAGGUCUGAAGUCUUUCAGUUGAGGACAGAUACACAAAUGGAGGCUUUCCUUCAAGAGUGUACCAGACAGCAGCAGGUUUGCAAAAAUGGCAGUGAGGACAAAAGGUGAAGAUGUUUGGAAUUACAGCCAUUGUCAUCCUUAAAGCAGUGUUUCCCACCCCUAUUUCUGGAGGCACACCAACAGUACAUAUUUUGGAUGUCUCCCUUAU